AGCGAUUUUGGCUUCAAGCUGAUUUUUGCGCGGUUCGAUCAUCAACUCAUGGCGGCAGUCAAGGAGACCCGGAAGUCCACCUGGCUGGAGGUGCUUGGUCUCGCCGGCGACUUUAGCCACUUCAACCGCGCAGAUCCCUUCAAUGUGAAGAAGGUUGGCUCCAGCUACAAGUCAGAAAUCCGCGCAGGGCUGACGACUUUCCUGGCCAUGGCCUACAUCCUUCCCGUGAACAGCGGCAUGCUCUCCAUCGCCAUGGGGCAAGAGUUCCGCCCGCAGCUGGUUUGCGCGACCGCUCUGGCCGGGUGCAUUGGAUGCACCUUGAUGGGCCUCCUGUCCAACCUGCCAUUCAUGUUGGCACCGGGCAUGGGCACCAAUGCCUUCUUCACCUUCACGGUGGUCCUGACCAAUGGCAUGCCUUGGAAAUCCGCACUGGCCGGUGUCUUCACCGCUGGCCUGAUCUUUGUGUUCCUGUCGCUCACCGGGUUGCGCACAAUCCUGGUGCGACUCUUUCCGAAGGGCGUGAAGGGCGCCAUCGGUGCCGGUGUGGGGCUUUUCCUCACGCUGAUUGCCUUUCAGGGCUCUGAAGGUAUGGGCCUCACCGUGGACAAUCCUGCCACGUUGGUCGGGCUGAUCGACUUGAGCGGCGAGAACUACGAUUCGGCCAAGGUAUGGCUGAGCAUCGCCGAGCUGUGCAUUACUGGCGUGCUCCUGGCGGCCAACAUCCGCGGGGCACUGCUGAUUGGCAUCGUGUUUGGCACCGUGGUUUGCUGGAUCGAGGGAGCCGCACGUGGAGUGGAGAACUCGGCGUUGGGAUACCCCUUCGGCUUUACCGGAGACAGGACAACCGCGAAUGGCUUCAGAAUCUACGUGCCAGAUGCCUUUGCGAGCGCUCCCACUCUGGAUGGCUUGUUUGGCGCCGUCUUCGAGGGCUUCGACGCUCUCUCGGACCCCGCGCUCCUGGCGAGCUUCUGGACGGCGGUCUUCACCUUCUGCUACACGGACCUGUUGGAUUCGUCUGGAACCUUCAUCGCCGUGGCCAAGGUUGCCGGCCUUACUGACUCCCGCGGCAACGUCCCAACCAAGCGGCAGAACAUGGCCUUCCUCGCAGAUGCGACCUCCAGCGUCAUUGGCUCGGUGCUGGGGGUCUCCACCGUGGGCACCUUCGCCGAGAGCUCCGCCGGCGUGGCGGACGGCGCCAAGACGGGGCUGUCGUCCUUGGUCACCGCCGGGUGCUUCUUCCUGUCGCUCUUCUUCUCGCCCAUUGUCUCCGCUGUGCCGCCUCUGGCGUCCGGCCCUGUUCUCGCGCUGAUUGGCGUGACAAUGAUGAGCUGCAUCAGAGACAUGGAGUGGGACAAUCCUGAGGAGGCGAUUCCCGCGUUCUUUUCCAUCGUGGUCAUGCCCUACACCUUCAGCAUCGGCUACGGCAUUGUGGGGGGUCUCCUUUGUUGGCUCGUCUUCCAGAUCCUUUUGAUGCCCAUCCGCCUUAUUCGCAAAGAGAACCCCUUCAUUCGCUUCCAGGAGUUGCUGAACGAUCUGUUCAGCGAGGACUCGGGGGAGCCGCAGCCGGAGCAGCCGAAGGAGGUCGAGGGCGAAGUCACGGCUUGAGGCUGCUGUUUGAGGAGUGGCGACUGACCUGCGCAAUCGAGUUGAUUCGAGCCAGCCGCAAUACUUGCUAAGCGCUGAGUGAUGUGACACUGGUGGACGAGUG